AUGAAGUCGUACUUGUUAAUGCUACAAGCAGCAACUUGUCUAUACGUUUGGAGUCUAGUAUGGGCGCAGAAGAUACAAGAAACUCCAGUACUGAUGUGUAAAGUAUCCACUGAUUGUCUGGUAAAAGGUCUGCAAAGCACGUGCCGCAGUGGCGUCUGUAUAGACAAUGCAUUAUUGCCAUUGACACGUGAAGAGAUUAGUGGAUCUAUUGGCGCUUUUGUGGCUACAAUUCUUGCUUCUGGAGCUGGUUUAGGUGGUGGUGGUCUUUUAGUUCCAUUAUAUAUGAUAUUGAUGGAGAAAUCGUCACAUGAGGCAGUGCCACUGUCCAAGGCCACAAUCUUUGGUGGUGCCAUUGCUAGUUUCUUACUUAACGUGAGGAAACACCAUCCGCUAGUACGUAAUCGUCCAUUGAUUGACUAUGAGACAAUCCUUCUCAUGGAGCCAAUGACAUUGGCGGGCACUAUCAUUGGUGUCAACAUGAACGCAGUGUUUCCCGAGUGGCUUAUUACACUUUGUAUUGUAUGGUUACUCACUACUACAGCCUUGCGUACGUAUAAUAAAGGCAAGAGAAUCUGGAAGGAGGAGACGGACGCAGAUAAAAAGAUCGUGGCAGACAUUGUCGCAUACUGGCGACUGAUACCGUAUGAAUCGAAUUUCAAGCACUUCCACGUCGUUGUACGAGCAUAUUUACGAUGGAAAGCAUACAAGUCGCCAGAGAAAGACAAAUUUCGACUGAAGAUUAUAGCAGAACAUGUCAGUAGUGACAAAGAGCACAUUUCGUGUACUAGCACAGAGGCAAGUACCGAGGACGAAACGAGCAGUGAUGAAAACGAGAACGAGUCUUUAAUGCGCCGAGGCAUUCAGAAUACAGUAGCAAAAUUUGUCUCGGUGAAACAAAUUAUCAAGGCACGACGCACUGUUCCAAUAGUAGAUAUGGGCGUGCUGUUGCUGACAUGGGUCGUACUCGUUCUUUUUUCAAUGGCAAAGGGCGGUCACGGUACACCCAGCAUUAUCAAAUUGUCCUGUGGUAGCAUAGGCUAUUGGAUGCUCACCGUCUUGUCGUUUCCGUUCUUCGUGGUCGUGACGAUCCACUUUGGUAUAAAGAUCAGUCGGUUUCAUACAAUGCUACAGGCAUCGGACUACACCUAUGCAAAGGGAGAUAUGAUGUGGACGAAACAUGCAGUUCUCAAGUAUCCUGCGUUGUGCACUCUAGCUGGUGUCGCUGCUGGUCUGCUUGGCAUUGGAGGUGGCAUGAUAAAGGGUCCACUGCUGAUCGAAAUGGGAUUGCUACCACAGGUAUCCUCCGCAACGUCGUCAUCGAUGAUCCUUUUCACAUCGUCUGCCACCACGAUUCAGUUUAUAGUUAUGGGCACGCUGCCAGUAGAACACGCUCUCUGGCACGGUAUGGUCGGAUUCAUUGCCGCCCUCAUUGGACAACUAGGCAUGUCAUACUUGAUCAAGAGAUACCGCAAGUCAGCGCUGGUGAUCUUUUUCAUUGCUAUCGUGAUUGGAGUCAGUGGUCUUGUUAUGACUGUGUUGGGCAUAGCUCGCAUCUCAGAAAUUGGCUUUGGAGGGUUUCGUUCAUUCUGCCUCAGCUGA